UGUGAGGUUCUAAUAUACUCAAACUAUAUAUUUCAUUAUAUAUAAUGCAAUGGAUUCAACAAGAGACCAUUCCCUGAGAUUCAGAGUCAGCAUUGCAAUUCUAUGUUUCUUCCUUGUGGCUUCCUCUGUUGUCCUUCUCUGUGAAGAUGCAAGAAGCCAUGGACGAAUUUUCCAGAAUCCGAAAUUAAGCCAUAGAAUCUCCUCCUCCAACAGGCCAAGGAAGACCCUGAAAUCACUGAAUCACUUCCUAGACACAAGCAACUCUCCAUUGUUCAGCUUUUCAAGCAUUGAUGAUUCAUAUGGCUCUCCUUCUUCUUCAUCACUUCCUCCCCUCAGCUCACAGGCUCCUCAGCCCACGCCUUCUUCUUCUUCCUCUCCGUAUCUGCCAUUUACACCUCCAAGUCUUCCUGAGCAUUCCCCUGUUAUUUCAAACCCUCCGCAUGAUCAUCAUGGGCCUCCGCCUCCUCCUCCAGAGACCACUCAAAGCCCAAGCCCAAGCCCACCAACAAAACACAGACCAAGCUCGCCAAUGGGUUAUUUACCACCUCUGAAGUCCCCACCUCCGCCGUCUCCGUCAACAGCAACCACGUCAUCUCCUCCUCCUCCGCCACAUAAUAAAAGGCGGCAGUCUUCAGGUCAUUGGUGUGUUGCAAAGCCCACUGUGCCGGACCCGAUAAUCAAACAGGCCAUGGACUAUGCGUGUGGGUCAGGUGCGGAUUGCAAGGAGAUUCAGCCUAAUGGGCCAUGCUAUGAGCCCAAUACAAUGCUGGCCCAUGCUUCCUAUGCCUUUAAUAGCUAUUGGCAGAACAGGAAGGCGGCUGGAGGAACUUGUGAUUUUGGAGGCACCGCUAUGCUUGUCACUGUAGAUCCAAGCUCAGCUGUCAGCUGUGUAUCAGUAUUGCCUAUUGGAGCGUUGAUUACUUUCACUAUUUUACCCUUAUUCUCUCCAACAAUGGCGAAUCGUUCUGUGUCAAAUCUUUUCAUCUUGCUCUUGAGCUUGAGUUCAUUGCUCACUGCUCUCGCUUGCCCAUACUGCCCCUACCCUUCUCCAAAAUACCACCCUCCUAAAGUAGUCAAGAAGCCUCCUGUUCAUCGUCCUCCUCCUUAUGGUGGAAACCCUAAUAAGCCCUGUCCACCACCUUCCUCUUCCCCGAAACCUCCUCAUCACGGCAAGCCGCCAGUCGUUAAACCGCCAUACGGCCCAAAACCACCGCAUCAUCACGUCCCAAAACCUCCUCAUACUAAACCACCGUAUGUACCAAAACCACCGGUUGUGAAGCCACCGUACGUACCGAGACCACCGGUUGUGAAGCCACCUUAUGUCCCAAAACCACCGGUUGUGAAGCCACCUUAUGUCCCAAAACCACCGGUUGUGAAGCCACCGUAUAUCCCAAAACCACCGGUUGUGAAGCCACCGUAUGUCCCAAAACCACCUGUAUACCCACCGUAUGUCCCGAAACCACCGGUUGUGAACCCUCCACAUGUCCCAACACCACCGGUUGUGAACCCACCAUAUGUACCUCGCCCACCGGUGGUGAAUCCGCCGUCACCACCUUCUGUUCCUAACCCGCCGGUUGUGUUGCCACCUAUCGUGAAACCGCCGCCUUAUGUGCCUCCUAUUGUGACUCCACCUACACCACCAGUAAUAAUAAAUCCACCACCCGUUGUGACACCUCCAUCUCCGCCAUCUCAAACACCGUGUCCACCACCACCGUACGUGCCGCCAUCGCCGCCGGCACAACCAACUUGCCCAAUCGAUAGCUUGAAGCUAGGGGCGUGUGUGGAUGUGCUGGGAGGUUUGAUACACAUUGGAAUCGGAGAAAAUGCAAAACAAGCAUGUUGCCCUGUGCUUGGAGGACUUCUCGACUUAGACGCUGCAGUGUGUCUGUGCACUACCAUUAGGUUGAAGCUUCUGAAUAUCAAUAUCGUUCUUCCCAUCGCUCUUCAGGUCCUCAUUGACUGUGGCAAAGUUCCUCCACAAGGGUUUCAGUGUUUGCCCAGCUAAUUAACAAUGGAUUGGAUCGCUUUCGCAUCAAAUAAUUCAUCCAUGCAUGUCUGGGAUUGGUUGUUGUUUGAACUUUGAAGAAACUUAAUUGUAGUGUUUUUAGCUUUCGUCAUUGAAGUUGGACAUCAAAUCGAUGUUCUAUGAUCAAAGAGCAAAAAAAAAAGUGUACUACGUGAUGAAACAUUGUGUUUCUUUCUUAUAAUGUGCUUUUUUUCCUCCACCUCUGAUAAAAAUGAUGGAUCAUCAAUUGUGAGAAUCAUAUAAAAGAUUCUUUUCUCUGAA